GUUUUUCAUACUAGACAAAAAAUUAAAAAUAUAUAUAACCACUUUUACUGAUGAACCUUCACCAUGAAUAGCACCAUCAACCAGACUUUUAUAUGGUUUGUUGCUAUGGUGAUAUUGUGAAGAGAAAAAGUGGAUAUGACUGGGGUGGCAUCAAGAUUUCGUCAAAGUCUUUCGAAAGCACUCUCACUGGACAAAAUAGAACAAACCGAAGAAGAAAGAAUGAAUGGGGAUUCCUUGAUUGGGAAAUCUGUAAACUUCUUUUCGAAGUUUGCGAAUAAUAACACUGCGACUUCUGCAGAACGAAGAUCGAAAACGUUACUUGUUAUUGACUCAAGAGAAAACAACUGGGAGAAAUACUUCAAGGGGCGCACGUUACAUGAACAGAUGUACGAUAUUCGUGUAGAGCAGGCAUCACUAAGCGAACUGCAAGUUGUUUCAUCUUCAGAAAAAGGUGCAAGCGUCAGCAUGAAAGUUAUAAGAAAUGGAUCAAUAGUUGCAAGAUCAUUUCGUCCAGAUUUUGUUCUAUUUCGUGAGUACGUGAAAGGACCGGACAUGAAAAAUAAUUACAAGAAUUUUUUGCUUGGUUUGAUGCAUGGAGUCGUACCUGCAGUAAAUUCAUUGACUUCUACAUAUAACUUUCUAGAGAAGCCAGUUGUGUAUUCUGAAUUACUUAAAAUACGACAUCAACUUGGCAAGGAAGAAUUUCCACUUAUUGAUCAAAACUUUUACCAAAGUUACUCAGAAAUGCUUUUGCCACCUUCGCUACCAGUCGUUGUAAAAGUUGGAAGCGGCAAUAGUGGUUAUGGCAAGGUGUGUGUGGCCAGUCCUCGUGGAUUUCAAGACGUUGCUAGCCUUGUCUCGAUGACAAACAAUUACGCUACGAGCGAAUCAUUUCUUGAUGGGAAAUUUGACCUCAGAAUUGUAAAGAUCGGUCAGAGAUAUAAGGUGUUCAAGAGAAAAUCGUUGUCAGAUGCAUGGAAAACAAAUCUUGGUGCUUCAUUUGUUGAAGAAAUUGCUUUAACAGAAAGAUACAAAAAUUGGGUGGAUGAAUGUAGCAAUCUAUUCGGAGGUCUGGACAUCGUUUGUGUUGAAGCUAUUCAUACAAAGGAUGACAGAGAAUAUAUUGUGGAGGUGAACAAUGUUGCAAUGAGUAUAUGUCCGGACAAAAAAGAUGAUGACAUGAAAUGUAUUGUCAACCUUGUCAUUAAAAGAAUGGAACAAACCUUUCCACCUGCUAUAGAAGUACCUCCUAAAGCUGUUCGAGGGAAUACGUUGACAGAUGCAAUUCAACUGAUCAGCGGUCCCCCGUCUCCAGCAUGCAGUGUAAAAAAUGCACCAAAUCACAAUAUAGAGUAUGAAAUGAAUUCACAUCGAUCGGAAAGCGCCCCGCCUGUAGAAAUGUCAGAUUCUCGAAACACAUUCAAGAAAACUUUAAACGGUCCCGAGAAUGGAGUGGAUUCAUCUUCAAAGGGGGUAGAGAAGGGACACAAUAGAAAAGGAUCAUUUGCAGGCCGUCUAUUUAGUGCUUUAGAGUCCUAAAUUAAGUAAAAA